AUGGAAUCGGACCUCAAGACUGAGAUUGAGAGGUGGCUUGAGGUGGUUUAUCAAUCAAGCGAAAACUCCUUAGAGGCCCAUGCAAAAGACGACCGUCCAGAUGCCAAGCGACAGCAAGAGGACGACUCAUCAGACAGCGAUACCUCGGACGCACAGCAGCCCGCUAAGAAACAGAAGCUUCAUGAUCAGCUCCCUUCGCCUGAAAACUCAUUCAGCAGGUUAGACUUGAUGGCUCCCCAAACACCAACCGUGAAGCGCAAGGGCAUCACUGACAACAACGACGACGAUGAUGAUCCCACGCCAAGAGCAAGCAAGAGCAAUCCCCCACUUACUGCAUCGAACUCAAGAAAGCAGCAAUCUAACAAGUCGCCAUCGAAGAAAUACAAGAAGAGCGGAAGCAGAUCGCACACCGAGAGUGAAACUAGUGCUGACUCUAGUCGCUCAGCGGCCGUAAAGCUAUUUCCUAUCUAUGGUAUUGGCAGCCAUGCUCUACUUUCGGAAGUAAUGAAAUUGGAUGCGGCUGGUAUGCCUGAGGAGUUGGCCGACAUGUAUCUGGAUCUCUAUCAGAUUAGCAACAACCAGAACUUUCUUCCCAGGCAUUGGAAGGCUGCAAUCAAGGCGAGAGCUCUCAAAGACCCGCACUUCAAAGUUCUGGGAGACUUUUCGUAUCUGCCUCUGAACGAUAGCCUUGAACAUCCCUCCCCGGAGUCAGAGAGGCUCUUCUUGUCGUUGUUGGAUUCUAUUGACCACAUUGCCGCCGAAACAGCACGAUGUUGCAACUCUUUCGACGAGCUGGCCUGCAACAACCUCGUCCAUACGCCGAUCCUCGCCGCAGUAUUCAACCAAAGGCUCUGGCCUGGCGAUGCAAUGCUGAAAUGCUCCCCACUGAUGACAGCCCCUGUGACAGCGACGCAGCAUAUGUUUGAGCAUUCAUCUGCCAAAGUAGACUACGUUGUUCACAUUCAGCCGCCCGUCAAGACACAUGCAUCCAUACGCAAGCUAUAUGACUCGACGAGUGAAAAGUCUGUCAACCAUACAGCAUUUCAUCCCAUGCGACAAUCACCCAUUUGUCUGAGCAUCGAAACGAAACGAUACAGUGGGGAUUCAGAAAGAGCUCAUGCGCAGACAAUUUGGACCGAAGGCCCCUUGGGAUCGACUAUGUCAAGCUUGGGUGUAUUGAAAGUCAUGGGAGCGUUGAAUCGACUGCGGCAGUGGAUCAUCGAUGUCUACUGGCCUUGGUACGAGAAGUAUGUCCUCAAGAUUGGGCUGGUGGAGUUGGAGGUUCCAACCCAAGCCCAAGCCCAGGUCCAGCCCCAGCUUCUGUCGCAAGCUCCGUCCGAGUUGCGGGCCCAGGUGGAAGGAGAGGCGGAAGGAGAUGUUGAGAUGGACAGUGAAACUGCUCGUUCAGAAGUCUUUGGAUUGUCUUGCCAGCUGUUUGGAGAUGACCCUGGUAUAUGA